AUGUUAAAAGAGAAACUGCAAGAAAUAAAGGAUUCAAAUACAAAUUUAUAUUAACAUUUGAAUAAUGUAUUAACAAAGAUCUUGCUGGAUAAUCCAAAAGUAUAAAUUAUUGAUGACUUAUUAAGAAUGCUUUUGAAUUAUUUGAAGAUUAUUCAUUUUAAGUAAAAUCAAAUGGAUUUACAUUUGAAAAAUAUAAUGAAUUUGAUAAUGCAAUAAGGACAAAGNUUAUAUUUUUAAGUGAUGAAAUUAUUUUUCCUAAAUGAAACCACAAUCGUUGUAUUUUAUUUAGAGUAUAUCUACUAAUUUACACUUAGAAUUACUAAUGAUAAAUACAGAAUAAUUGGCAUGGCUUUAAAUGAAUUUAAGAAUGUAUUUUUAAACAUAGAUAUUACAGAAGAAAUGAUAAGCAUUGAGUAAAUCUAAUAAAUUGAAUUACUUUAUGAUUAUCAUGUAGAACAAAAUAUAUUAGUGAUAUCUUUUGGUAAAAAAUAUUUGUACUAUUUAAAAAUAAAGCCAUUUAUGUUUUCCAAAUAAUUUGAUUAAUGGAAUACUAAAAAAAUUAAAUUAAAUAUUUUUGAAUAAGAAAAGGAAAUAUUUAAGAAAAUUAUUUAUGAUCAUUAGGAUCAAAUUAUUUACAUAGUAUCAUUCAUUUCAAUUACAUUUAGUUAUCUGAAAGUGUUUAGUCAAAGUUCAAAAUGCAUUUAAUAGAUUUGAAAAACUUAGAGGAUAACUUCAACAAAAUUGAUAUGAUGAAAUUAAGAAUGCCGUAUUUCAAAUAUGGAAUCUAAGCUAUUGAUUUUCUCAUCCAAAAAAAUCAAAUAAAUAACAAUGUGAUUCUUUUUUUGCUGAGAAAUGGAGAUGUAGCAUGUAUUUAGCCAUUGUAGUAUGGAGAAGGAGUUCUAAAGAAGACAUUUAUAAUAGAAUUGUUAGAUAUCAUUUUAACACUAUCAUUUAUUGGAUUCUUUAGAUAUCUAAAACGAUUAUUACAAAAAAUAUAUUCAAAAAUUAUAUCUUGUUGUAGAAGAAUUUGA